GGCUUUCUUUAUUAUACGCUCGACAUGGAAAGUUUCAAAGUUGUUUUAUUGUAUUUGUGACUGAGUGCGUGUAAAUAAACACAAUGGGAACGUACUAAGGAACCCGCAUAUUCAUUUAGUGCCGGACUCGGACCGUCCGAGCGGUGAAAAGCCUGUAAAUAGUUCGCUUUUAUGUUGGCGUGGUCGUGCGUUUGGUGUCCUCAUCAACAAAUAUGUCGAAGCUUUCAUUUAGGGCGAGGGCUCUCGAUCCGAGCAAGCCCAUGCCCAUAUACAUGGCCGAGGAGCUGCCGGACUUGCCGGACUUCUCGGCAAUCAAUCGUGCCGUUCCUCAAAUGCCCACCGGGAUGCAAAAGGAGGAGGAAUGCGAGCACCACUUGCAACGGGCAAUAUGCGCUGGUCUCAUCAUCCCGACACCCGAAGUCACCGAUGUGCCCCUCAAAGACUUCUACGACAAGGUUUACCCACCCAACUACAAACAGCCCAGGCAGCUCAUACACAUGCAACCUUUCACAAUGGAACAAGAAAUUCCCGACUAUGACAUGGAUUCGGACGACGAGCGAUGGUUACAGUCACAAAAGCCGCGACUUGAACUCAGCCACUUAAAGUUCGAAGAGAUGAUGGACCGUUUGGAGAAGAGCAGUGGACAAACAGUCGUGACUUUGGGUGAAGCGAAGGCUUUGCUGAAAGAAGACGACGAGCUGACGAUCGCAGUGUACGAUUAUUGGUUAAACAAGCGACUGAAAACGCAACAUCCGCUGAUUUUGUCCGUACGAACCGAACAUCGGUCAGGCCAAGCAGCCAACAAUCCGUACCUAGCCUUCCGUAGGCGUACCGAAAAAAUGCAAACCCGAAAGAAUCGCAAGAACGACGAAGUCUCCUACGAAAAGAUGCUGAAACUGAGAAGGGACCUGGUUAGGGCAGUCACCAUGCUAGAAUUAGUUAAGCGCCGGGAGAAAUGCAAAAGGGAAUUUGUUCACUUAACUGUGGAGGUGUUUGAGAAACGGUAUCAAGCGCGCGAUUACAAUGGAUCGGUGGCGGCAGAAGCAGCCGCUUCCAAAGCGGCUUUGGCACCGCCGCGGCCUGCCUUCACUCCAAUCUUCCACAAUCACAACCAAAGUUGGGCGGAUGCGGUUGCCACUCAAGCCCAGGCGGUUGUGCAGCAUGGCCACAAAACCAGCAUCAAGGACGACAUGGUAAGUCGUCGCGAAAAGCGCCAGUACCGGAAGCGAAAACACAAAGCGCUAGGCGGCCGAAGCGGAGGCUUGGAUGGACUCUCCUCCGACGAGGACUCCUUGGGAGGCGCGCCCCACCGAGGAGCCAGCCCGGAUCCCGAGGAGCAGGAGGACGACGGUCCGUAUGCUUUCCGCAGAAACAGACUGUGCUCCUACCAUAAACCCAUGUCUAGAUUAGGCAACUGGCCAUGGUGCUCCCGAGAGGAGAACGGCGCUGGCGACAAGCGGUUCCGCUUCACUCUCACUUCCUUGUCUAAUCGGAAGUGCGUCGGAUUUGGGCGGCGUCGAUCAGGCCGCGGCGGCAGAAUUAUACUGGACAGGGUAUCGACGGAUGCUGAUGAUUUCUGGAGAGGGAUGGACUUUUCGAUCAUCGAGCCGCAGGAAAACGAGAUCUCAAGUAUGCACAGUUCGAUUAAAGAGCCGUUAGUGGGGCGGCUCCAAGGCGAGCCCCAGUCACUACGAACUGAAAACUCCACUAGUACCUAUAACAAAUACAGUGCCGUGUCCAGUGAGGCGCACUCUGACUCUAAAACUGAUAGUGGCUUCCCGAGUAUUAGUGAUUUCUUAAGUAACAGUAGUAGUGGCACAGUGCUAAGUGAUAGAUUAGGAUCGGAUAUAAAAGUGGAGUGCAGUGAACUGAGGCCAGAGCCCCCCCAGCAAGACGAACCUGACAGGAGCGAUAUUCCCGAAUUCCCCAGAAUCCUACCGAGAGACUGGUUGCACUUUCGGCCGAAAACACCGCCUCCCGAUUACGAGCCCCCCUGCCACAUGCUACCUGCCGACGAACUGCCCUUUGCCAACGUCACCCUGCCAUCCUUCCAAGUGGAAAUCGAAUCAUUGGAGAGUCCGUCGGUCGUAUCGGUUAUGCUGGAUCAGGGGCCUUUCGUCACGGACCUCUUUGAGCUGGACCGACGAUGGUCGGAUGAAAGCAGCUACGCGAAACAGGGGCCCCAGGGCUCGAUUUUCGAGGACGAAGACGAGGAAGAAUUGGAAAACUCGUGGCGCACGGCGGGGGCUUCGAGUUUCACCCUCAAAGACGCUGGUGGUGAGAACAUAAUGCGCUCGGAGUCAGGGGGUAAAGUGGCCGGAGCCUUUGAGAGCUGCAACGAGGAGCAGGAUGUGGGAAGCACAAAUGGGUUGAUACCGCAACUGGGAUUCACUGCAGAUGUGCACAACUUGAACCGAUUGCACUACAACAAACUGCAGCCGUACAACUACAACAGCACGGGAACCUUAAGUCUUCUCACUGCCGCCCAAUCGGUCAAGCUGAACAGUCACAGUGCCAACAACAUCAUCGAAUAUCCGCUGACAGCCGCAGUGGACGUGGAAAUGGAUUCGCAAUCGGAACAACCAGGCGACGUAUCGAACAGCCCCAAUCAGAAAACCCCAAACGGGGGCGUGCGCAACAACAAAAGUACUCUAGUAAUGGAAGUGACGUGAUGCGUGGCGAAUGGGGCAACUUCGAAAGGUUAGUCCCGGUUGUUUAAUCCGUAUUAACACAGGGUGGAUGGAGCGCGUUGUUGCUCCUCGUAUUGCUUGAUACGCUCUACACACGCCCAACUAGCGUCUUUCAACAAUUUCGAUACUUCUUUGUGCAGUCUUUAGAAUAAAGUAAAUCUUCCUCUUUUGGAAAUAAUGUGCUAAUAUUAAUCCCAUUGAUUAAAAAGGUAUUUUUGUACGGUGGUUUGCGUUGAGGAAAAUUCCUAAAGGCAAUUUUGCUCAAACCGCAUUCAACUAAUGUGGGUAGAAGGAAAGGGCGUUUUCUCAUAUUGGGUCAGCACAACGGCAAACUGUUGAUAUUCAAAGAACAAAACAUACGCAAAUUCAAAGAGACGUGAAAACAAAGAUAAUCGGGUUUUUUCGAUUAAAUCUGAGAGAUGCAAGAGGUGACUUGACGCACCAAAACUAUUUAGCUACAAUUUUUUUUAUAUUAAAGAAGGUUUUCUUAUCGAUAUUGUCUAUUGAGUGAAACGAGCCGAGAUUCAGUUGGUUUAGCAGCUGGGGUGGCCCAGUAUGUCUGAACCGUGUCCCUCCUUUCCAAACGAUAGAAUUACUGGCUGCAAAACCAGAUUUUCUGAUAAAAAUCAAUACGCUUCGUAGUGAUGUGUUCAAAAAAAUAAUAAAAAUAAACGUGACGUUUUAAUCACAUUGUUUUUUCGGCCUGUGCGGCUUUGAAUCUUUCGAUUAUUUUUUUUAGUGAUAUUAGAUAGGUCUGACCGGUACCAGAUAGAUUUUUGUGUGAAUCGAAAAGUAUACUUUAUGUACGCUUUUCGACGUUCCCUCAAGUAAAUUCCAAAACCAUUGUCUGCUUUAUGACUGCGAAUGUGCUACCGGAAAUUUGGAGUAACUUUUACCUGGCUAUAGGAGAUAUAAGUGUAAACCGCGGCGAACUGAAAAUGAUCAUGCAUCAAACAUGACCGAACAUGUUGCAGAUGAAUUACCGUGUGUUGAAUGACCGACAUCAUGUUGAAUUCAGGAUCGUUGUCAAGUCGCAUAAAGAAAAUUAUUUCUCGGUACUAGCGAUAGUGUAACACUACUUAUUUAGUAUCUUUUUGUAAAAUAUAAUCUGUAUAACACUGUACAUAGUCUGUAGUCAUAGUCGUAUGUUAAGGAAAUAAGAAAAUCGCAAAAAGGCUGUUAUAAAAAAUUAAUUUUAGUAACUUAUUUUGUCCGGUCUUAGGUUGGACGGGCGCACGGCGGUUCCGUUGUUCGUUUAUCGGAGAUGCGCACUGGGAAUUAUCAGUUUUGAGUCGUUGCUUUACCGGUUGGGGGGCGAUACUUCCGGGUGCGCACACCCCUAUCUUACGCAAAACUUUAGCAGUACUUAUAAAGUGACUUCAGAGUAGUCGAUUUCAGUUUGGCCCGUUUUUCACUUGAAUAUUUUGGCAGCGAGAUUUUUUAUCAUUUCCAAGAUGUUUGCGACACUCAGUAGAAUCCAAUGUCGUUUGCCGUAUCCGAUGCGCUCCUGUUUGUGUCGCGAUUUUCUUGAUUUUCUAGUCAAUCAUUUUAGUAUAUUUCGCGUUAGAUUGUCAGCUGCCGAGAAAUUCAGUGAAAAUGGGCAAGUGCGCAUUAUUUGUUAAAAGAGAGCGGUACCAAUGAAUAAUGAAACAUUUUUAGCAUCGCAACUGUUCCUAACUUGCUUGAACCGAUGAUGAUAAAGCCAAAUUUACAUGUAACAUUCCCCCAAUUUACUACUUUUAAUAUACAUUGUUAUAAAUCAAUGCCACCAGUAAUUGUGAAACCACACCUAGCCAUUCUAGCAUAUAUUCUCGAGGCCUCGAAACCAAUCAUUGAAUGGGUUUCGACGCGUCUCAGACCCUCUCUUCCAGUUCAUUUGGUUCUCUCCGCCACUCUGUAUUUGUACGAUCUACAUAUAUUGCUAAGAUUAUGGUAAACUAUUGAUAAACAAAACUAAUGCGAUAAUUCUCUAUACGGGUCUACUAUUAAACGUUAAGCGACGGUUCGUCGUUUUUAUUAGCAAAUCUUAAUGUGAAUACUUUGUAAAUAUCUAGAUAUGUGUAAGAAAUUGAGAAACCGACAAAAAAAUAAUAAAGAUGCUCGGCGAGACCUGCAUGGUCUUGUUUAAACUGA